CACCAGCUGUACUGGGGUGCACACUAACACUUGUCUGUGCUACAAUGUUGCAUCCUCAUUCUUACAUGAUCGUUAUAUUGUUGCAAUAUUACAUAUCAUCGUUCAGGUGUGACCUACAUUGCACAUCUUGCUAACAAGACCGAAGAUCUUAUCUACCACUACUACCUUGAUCUCAUGCAGCAUUACAUUUGAGAGUACGAAAGGAAAAGGCGGGACUUCCAAGAGCUGUGCAGAAAGCGAAAUAUGGCUAAUUUAAGUUACGAUAAACAGCACUCAAACGUCUGGAUUGCUUUGAAAAGACUCGAUCAAAACGAUGAGAGAGUAAUUGCUUUAAGAGAAGUCAAAAUUAGUAGACAUGCAGAGGUGGAAACGGUGAAACAGCUGAUAAUACAUGCUUUUGGACUGACUUCCCAUGUUACCUUGAAGAUACGGAAUAGCAAGGGAUCUUUAAUCCCUCUGAACAGUUCACUACCUGGCAGCACUAAACAAAGGCCUCAUCUUUUAGAAGUCGCAAAGACCUUCCAGCAUGUUACUCCAAAGCCCAGGGUUGUUGCUGUGAUCCAUAAAAGCUUAAAGUCAAGACUCCAGAGUGCUGUGAGGAGGAUUGAGCGCCUUGAAGAACUUCUACCUCAGAUUAAAUUGCAGCAUCUUGAAAAUAUGAACAAGGAUAUUGAUCUGCUGAACCAGAAGCUGAUAUUUCUUCAUAAAAGAAUGAAGAUGGCAGACUCUCAUUGCUGGAAAGGGAAGCUGGUGAGGCCUCCGCUUUGGUAAUGGAAGCCGUAUGGAUCUCCUGCAUAUCUCCUUGGAACAGCGGUGAAUAGAGGCAUGGACUGAUUACGCAACUGAGAUUGAUGAGAAGACUCACUGUUAAAAGUUUAUCUUGUGAUUUUUACAUAUAAUUAUUAAGAUGUAGAAUCAGACCAGUUGUAUUCUGCUUACACUGUCAACAGAAGGCCAUUUGUUUAUUUAUGUAUUGUUAUCUGUAACAGUUUACAUUUUCAUUUGACAAAUACAUUGUAAAUGUUCAA